AUGUCGUCGCGGCUGCUGAAGAAGGCCCUGGCGGCGUCCAACCAGUUGUCUGAGGGCUACAGCCCCUGGGCUAAGUACAAGCUCAAGAAUCCAUCUUCCUCCGCGCACGAAGAUGACAGGCGGAAGGAGGAGGAUCUUGAGGAAAAAGAAGAAGACAACGACCAAGUUUUGGUGCUCGACGACGACUCAGCCGACGCAGGAGUGCGUGCGGGAGGCAUCGGCAGGGGUGCGGGGAGGCCCGCCGAGCGCAGGGCGUCGGCGGGUGCGCCGGGGCGGGCCGCGGCAGUUGGCAGCGAGCAACCACAGCACGGCAUGUCGUACCACAAUGCUGACGAAGACUCGACCGUGCUGGACGACGACGACCUCGACGUGACCAUACCCCUGAGCGACACCUUCCCCGGCCUCACCGCCGCGACGACGCCUCGUCGAGCAGCUGCCGCACCGCCCGCGGACCUUGACGACGACCAUGACCUCUUCGAAGAAGGGUUCUUCUCGAUGGAGGCGGAGGUGCUGAAGGGCGUGCUCGACGAUGGCGAAGAUGGUGAGAGCAAAGUAGAAGGAGAAGAAGGAAAGGACGGGAAGAAGGAAAAGGAGCCACAACCGCAGGAGAAGGAGAAUGGAGGCCCGGCGGCAGCGGAGAAGAAGUCAACCGCCACGACGGCGGAGGGGAGGAAGAGGCCGCGGGACGAGGAGGCGGAGGAGGCGACGGCAGCGGCGGAUGGAGGCCAGCGGCGUGAGGCUGAUGGCCGCGCAGAUGGCGUAGCGGCCGUCAGCAAGCGGCACAAGAAGGCACCUCCUGCCGAUAGCGAUGCCGACGCCGCUCAUCCCGAUGCGGUCGAUAGCGAGGAUGCUGAGCAGGCCCCGGUGGUGGGAAGGAGUCGCGACGCCAAGAAGACGGAAAAAAGGAGGGAAGCCAAAGAGGUCGAACAAAAGAAAAAGAAGAAGAAGCAGGAAGAGGAGGAAGAGGAAGCAGAGGAGGAAGAGGAGGAGCCCUCCGAUGAGGGCAAGGGGACGAAGAAGCGACAACAACGGAAGGUGGGCAAGGCAAAGGGCGCGGGGCGGGAAAAGAAGAAAGCGCCACCGGCCGGUGCGAGAAAAGGCCGGAAAAAGGCACCCGCCCGCACAACCAAACGGAAAGGCAAGUCGGCGGCGGAUGAUGAAAGCGGUGGCGAGAGCGAUGAUGGAGAGAAGGAGAAGGAAAGGGAGUCAGGUGGCGAUGAAGACGAAGAAGAGGAACGACGAUCUGCUUCCAAGAAGCGGAAGGUAGCGCCCAAGAAAGACAAGGCUGCAACCGAACACAAGGUCAUCAGCAUCUCUGGCCUGCCGCUCGACGAACGAGGCCUGCUGGGGGACGUGGCGCUGAACCUCGGCAACGCGAUGGUGGUGCCCAACAUACCGGAGACGAUGACCCACGUCGUUGUGGGCGAUAACAAGAGGACGAUGAAGGUACUCUUCGGCCUCGGGAUGGGCUGCUUCAUUGUGAAGCCGGAUUGGCUCUGGCAGUCCCUCGCAGCCGGCAAGUGGCUCCCCGAGCACGAAUUCGAAGUUGAACGAAAGUGCAAUCUGCUCGGCAAGCAAAGUGUAUAUGUCAAUCCCACCGGCAACAAAGUCAGCGCACAAGACCUGAGACAUCUGGUGGGCCUCUGCAACGGCAAGGUAACAAACAAGCGGACGAGGGCCAACUACCUCAUCUCGGCCAGGCCUGAGGUUGGAGAAGACAACCCGGCCCUGAAGGUGGUAAGGGAAGACCAUUGUCGCCUCAUGGACCCCGAGGACUACGCCCCCGCAGCCAAAGAAGACUCCGCCUCAGGUUCCAGAAAGCAACAGCAGGAGAGGAAGAAGCCAAACAACGCCGGCAAUCAGGAGGAAGAGGGCACCAAGAAGAAUGCCACCAGGAAGACAAAGGCAAAGACGACAGAGGAAGAGGAAGCUGGCUGA